CCUCACGUUCAAUGCCAAAUGUGGGUAAAUAAUGUAAACAAAUAAACAAACCUCCUCUUCAGCAAAGAUUAUUCGCACCGCCAGCUGCGUGGAUCUACCAAGUAUCUACUAAAAGAAAAAAGAAGCUUCUGAAGAAUAUUUUUGUCAUGGCGCCAAAAAGAGCACCCUCCGCAACCACGACGACAACAACGAUCCCAGUCCGUCUAAACACCCCCGACAAACCAACCUCCCGAUCCACACCGACCGCCAAAUCCCGCCACCUGGCCUCUCCGAGCCUGAUAGCCACGACCAGAAGCGGCGCGCGAAAACGCAGACUUGAGUCGCGCCAGCAGGAAGAGCAGGAAGAGCAAGAUGAGGAAACACGACGACCGGCGUCGCCUGAUCCGCUGGAUAUCCUGCCGGCGGUGUCGCCGCUGAAGAAAGAGCUUGAGAUGCUCGGAUCGGCGAGAAAGAGAAGACGCGCGGAUUCUGUUAGUUCUCCUGUGAAAGCGAGAAAGAAUGACGGGAGUGUGAAGUCGCCGGCUCCGAACUGGAGCGUGAAUGUUACAAUCAACGAGUUGUCGUCUUCGCCAUACGGUGCUAAACAGACGCAUCUUGCUCCGCCCGCGAUUUUCGAGUACAGAAGUGAGACUGCCAAGUCUGAAGAUCUGAAGCAAGAUGAGCAGUUUGAUGUUGCAGAAGGAAAACCAGCUAGGAUCUUGGGUGAACUGGGGCUUAAUGCGACAAACGUUUUGUCUUUGAAGAAGUCACCAGUCGCAAUUGAAAAGCCAGCCUACAGCAAACCCGCGUCACCAAGCACCAGCGCCGUCGAUCGCGCUUGCUCCCCCACACCCUCAAACGCAACCGUCCUAACAACAACCGAACUCCCCGCUCUUCCCCGGUCCGGAAUCAUCCGCUCGAUCAAAAAAGUGCCGAAUCCGAACCCCGAUCCCAAGUGGAGCAAAGAGCACUGGAUCCUGCUCACGCAGAUCCAUCGCAAGCGGAUGGAUCCGAUGCCGUCGCGCGCGCUGGUGAGACCGUCGAAAGAGGUGCAGGCUGCGUUUCCGAAUAUUACUGUUGAUGAGCUGGCGAGGCGGUUGUUGGCGUUGGACAGGAUACGGCUGAAGAGGGAGAUGGGUAGUGAGCAGAAUGAGCGGCGGCGUCGGUGAUUGCUAUUUGUAAAGAAUCUGGAAGUAACACGGCAGGUUGUAGCUUAAUA